GGCCUUCUCCUUCCUCGAAAUCGCUUCCUCCCAAAUCCCCACCCAAUCUCACCCGAUCUCAAUCCCAAUCACUUGCAUGACGAGCGCCUCCGAGCUCUUCCAAUCCUUGAGAUCUCGCAAUGGAGGCCGGAAUCCCCUCUCCAACCCCACUCCUGCUCCUAUUCGCUCUGAUUUCCGCCACCGCCGCCACCAUCGACGCAAUGGACUCGAUCUCAACUCCCAUGAGGAUCGCAAUACCUUGCGCCGGCCCCGUUCCAUCCCUCGCAAUGACUCCCCGGUGGAGCAUCAAUUUAUCUGGCCAGAUCAUGCUGGCACCGGUGAAUAUAGGAUCGGUGAUGGCAGAAACGCAGCUGCUCCAAGUAGCAGAGUGAGUAGGUUUAGCUUGAAUACCAAUGAUCGACUUCCUGGUACUGUACUACUUGCCCAGGCAAGGCUUGCAGAGAGAUUAAGAGGUGCUUCCCUUACAAGAAGCAGAUUUGGGCCAGGAGUUCCAAGCAUCUUAUGGGAUGAAAUUGAAGCAGAUGAUGAUUUAUCUAUUAUUGGUACUGAAAUCUGGGAACCUUGGAAUGCAAGUGAGUGGUCUGCACCAGGCAGACAUUUAGCUAGUGUUGCCAGUGAAGCAAACCAAGAAUAUAUUCCUCAGAGUCCGAGGAAGAAACCUCCCGGGCUUACCUCAGAGGCAAUUUGCAGUUUAAAUCAUGAAACAUUCAAAGAAGCAGAACAUGAUGAAUCUAUGGAAUUCCCUGAAUGUAGUAUAUGUCUAGAUAAGUUUCAGGAAGGGGAUGUGUUGUUUCGGUUGUAUUGCAGGCAUCUGUUCCAUUGCAUUUGCUUGGAGCCAUGGUUGAGAAGCUGCGGAGAUUGCCCGAAUUGUCGCAAUACUGUAAAAACCAGUGUUUCUUCAGCAAAGAGGCAAUAGAAUUUUUUGUACAUCUUCCUUAUGGAGAAGUAUCUAACUGUGAUUAGGUGAUGUAUCUUUUUUGUAUCUGUUUAUAUGAAGAUAUGAAGAUCAAACUUCAUGGAAUUGAGGCAAAUCUUUGUGGCAAAUGACAUUGUGGAUUGGCUAAACUUUUUGUGACCCAUUUGGAAAUCCACUUGGUUGUGGUGCACAUCAAACAAUAAAGAACAGUGAGC